CCCCGCCCCCCACCCGCGCCAGGAGUGCGCAGGCGCGCCGACCGCCGAGUUUUCUGCGCUUCCUUCUCCCUCUCUCCAGACGUCCUGGUCGUUCGGUCCUAUGUCGCGCCGGGCCCUCCGGAGGCUGAGGGGGGAACAGCGCGGCCAGGAGCCCAUCGGGCCCAGCGCCCUGCAGUUCGACCUCCGUGAUGACGAUGACGCGGAAGAAGAAGGGCCCAAGCCGGAGCUGGGUGUCCGGCGCCCCGGGGGCGCAGGGAAGGAGGGCGUCCGAGUCAACAACCGCUUCGAGCUGAUAAACAUUGACGAUCUCGAGGAUGACCCUGUGGUGAACGGGGAGAGGUCCGGCUGUGCACUCACAGACACCGCAGCACGAGGGAACAAAGGAAGGGCUCGGCGUGGAAACACAGAGAGCAAGACGGAUGGAGAUGUUGCCGGGACAGCGCCCCCAGAGCAGUCUAAUGCAAGUGGCAAACUCCGGAAGAAGAAAAAGAAACAGAAAAAUAAGAAAAGCAGCACGGGAGAAGCAUCGGAAAACGUACUGGAAGAUAUCGAUCGCAUCCUGGAGAGGAUUGAGGACAGCACUGGGUUGAACCGUCCCGGCCCAGCUCCCCUGAGCUCCAGGAAGCACAUUCUCUACGUGGAGCACAGACACUUGAAUCCAGACACAGAACUGAAAAGGUAUUUUGGUGCCCGGGCAGUCCUGGGGGAACAAAGGCCACGGCAGAGACAGCGCGUGUACCCCAAGUGCACAUGGCUGACCACCCCUAAGAGCACCUGGCCCCGGUACAGCAAACCAGGUCUGUCCAUGCGGCUGCUGGAAUCGAGAAAAGGCCUCUCCUUCUUUGCGUUUGAGCACAGUGAGGAGUACCAGCAGGCUCAGCACAAGUUCCUGGUGGCCGUGGAGUCUAUGGAGCCGAACAACAUCGUGGUUCUGCUCCAGACGAGCCCUUAUCACGUUGACUCGCUCCUGCAGCUCAGCGAUGCCUGCCGCUUUCAAGAGGAUCAGGAGAUGGCUCGAGACCUCGUAGAGCGAGCGCUGUACAGCAUGGAGUGUGCCUUCCACCCCCUGUUCAGUCUCACCAGCGGGGUCUGCCGGCUGGAUUACCGCAGACCCGAGAACAGGAGCUUCUACUUGGCCCUCUACAAGCAGAUGAGCUUCCUGGAGAAGCGAGGCUGCCCGCGCACGGCGCUGGAGUACUGCAAGCUCAUUCUGAGUCUGGAGCCGGACGAGGACCCCCUCUGCAUGCUGCUGCUGAUCGACCACCUGGCCUUGCGGGCCCGGAACUACGAGUACCUGAUCCGCCUCUUCCAGGAGUGGGAGGCUCAUCGGAACCUGUCCAAAAAAAAAAAAAUUGCCUUCUCCGUUCCACUGGCGUAUUUCCUGCUGAGCCAGCAGACAGACCUCCCUGAGCACGAGCGGAGCUCUGCCAGGGAGAAGGCGUCAAAAAAAAAAAAACAGGCGCUCACCAUGUUCCCUGGAGUCCUCCUAAAAAAAAAAAAAUCCUGCAACGUGCGGCCCGACAUCACGGUUUCCAGUCACAAAAAAAAAAAAACCAACGCCGAAAUAAAAAAAAAAACUGCCCUGAGCCAGCUGGUGAACCUGUACCUCGGGAGGUAAAAAAAAAAAAAGAAAGAACCUGCCACCAUGAGCUGGCUGGAGGAGAACGUAAAAAAAAAAAAACAGACUGUGGAUGCCGGGGACCCUGCCGUGGAAGCCUGUGAGAACCGGCGGAAGGAAAAAAAAAAAAAUGCACCCAGGAAUAUCCACCGUCAUGUGAUCCUCUCCGAAAAAAAAAAAAAAGUGGCUGCCCUGCCCCCGGACGUGACCACGCAGUCUGUGAUGGAAAAAAAAAAAAAGCCUCCUUCGGACACAAUCUACUCCUACGUCAGGCCGGAAAGGCUGAGUCCCGUCAGCCACGGAAACACGAUCGCACUCUUCUUUAGGUCACUGUUACCAAACUAUACCGUGGAGGGGGAGAGGCCCGAGGAAGGAGUGGCUGGGGGUCUGAACCGCAACCAGGGCCUGAACAGGCUGAUGCUGGCUGUGCGCGACAUGAUGGCCAACUUCCACCUCAACGACCUAGAGGCACCGCACGAGGACGACGCGGACGGGGAGGGGGAGUGGGACUGAGCGUCCGCAGAGGUGCCUGAAAGCCGUAAUGAUGUUGCUGAUUUCUGUGCUGGUCAGAAUUGGUCAGUUCCCUGAAGUAGAGACGCCGACUGUAUGGCUGACCUGGUCGCUGUUUCUCCUAUAAAUGUAAAUGGGCGAGAUGCCGACUGUAUGGCUGACCUGGUCGCUGUUUCUCCUAUAAAUGUAAAUGGGUCACGC